AUGAGGUUUGUUAAGAUCAGAGUUUGGCAAGAUGAGCGAAGUGUUUCCAAUGUAUACAAUGUGUCGAGUAUUGCCAUUAAUCCCGAUAUGAAAGACGUAGAAUAUUUUAUGGCAUUGUUUUCUAACGUUAAUAUGUCAACCGCAUUUGUGGAGCCGAAACCACUUUCGAUGGUUUCAACGAUAUCGGAUGAAGAUGAUUUCUUUGUUGUCACGCCACAGAAAACCAUCUCUGAAAUACUUGACUCGAGAAAGGUGGAGAGGUGUUUUCUCAUAUGCACUGUUGCUGCGAUUGAUAUUGAUAUGGGUUGGUUCUAUAUGACUUGCAAAGUAUGUGGCAAUAAAGUGGAAACAAGGCCUAAUCAUUGUCAUGGUGAAAGAACCACAGCAGUGGAUAAUCGUUGGCUUUCAUAUUGUACUACGUGCAAGAUUCUAAGUCCUAAGCUAUUGCCAAAGUACAAGUUACAUUUGGUUGUACUUGAUAAUACCGGCCACAGCAAGUUGUUAUUGUUAGAUGAUGUUGUUCUCCAAUUGCUCCAUCAACCUUGCUACUAUGGAAAUACAGAUGGCAUUGUUGGAGUUCAAUACCAGAAUGUUUUACGCACGGCUCUCGCUAAUAUAGUUGGUAAAACGUUUACGUUCAAGAUCAUAGUAGACAAGGAAAACUACAUGUACAAGGACGACACGUUCAAGGUGGUUAAUAUUAUCACGAGCCCUUAUAUGAUCAACGGGUUUCACGUGUCAGUUUAUCCUAAGGGAAGUUGUCACACUUUUUCUCCACUAUUAUAUGACGACAAUGAAGUCUCUGAGCUUUCUACAUUGAUACUUGGUAAUACUCGCGAGAGCUCUACAUCAACCGGUCUGACUCCAGCUAAACGCAAAAGAUUAACAACCGAAAAUUUAGAGGAACAAAAUAGCAACAGUGAAGCAUUAGGACUUCGACCUAAUUCUAGGAUCAAGAUAGAGAAGAAGGUUAAAGUGGCUGAAACUUAUUUGCAUGGCGACAUCUAG